AUGGAGCAAUUUGCCCUUCCACAGCAUACCGCGUUUCCUGAGGAUGUCGAUCCUCUUUCAAUCGCCAAAAGCUUUGCUCAUCUGUUCCGCAACCUCGACAAAACAAUCCUGCAUCCCGGGGCCGCCUGGUACGAUCUCUUCGCGUUAACUGGGGAUGUGACCAGUGUCAAAUCGGGAGUCGCUAUUGCUACCACAUGGCGCCAUCUGCUGACGGUACGGGAGGUGUCUGACUUCCAAGUGCUCGAUGAAGGAGUUCAAAUCAGAACCUAUGGUGGCCAGAUCCCGGCGAUCGAAGUGCCUUGUACCUUCUCCACGGGGUGCGACCCAAGACUGCAGGGUGUCGCAGCUUUCUCGCUAGUCUUUUGCCCAAAGGACCGCAGAAGCAGCACUAGUUGGCAGGUUUGGAUGAUCCGAACGCGCUUGGAUAAGCUGCUUGAACAGCGAGGGGACGUUGAUAAACUGGAUCCUCUCACAGCCCCUGCUCCAGUACUCACUUCCCCCAUUGGUAACGAUUUCUCCUCUCUCCGAUAUGGCUGCGUUGUUGUCGGCGCAGGUCAGGCAGGUCUAGCCGUGGCAGGGCGUCUGAAAGCACUUGGAAUCUCGUACCUUGCGAUCGAUCGCAACUCGCGAAUAGGAGAUAACUGGCUGAAUCGUUACGAUUCCGUUAAAUUGCAUACUCCGCGGGAAUUUUCACAUUUGCCCUACGGACGAACAUUUUCUGGCGAGUAUCCCGAGUGGCUUGGUAAGGCCGAUAUUGCACGGGGUCACAAUGAAUGGGUGCAAAGACACAGCAUAAACCUCUCACUAUCGACCGAACUCUUGUCGGGGCAAUGGGACGACACACUAAAGCGGUGGAGUCUUCGCGUCCGGCAAGGUCGUGACCUGCAGACCCUAACUUGCGACCAUAUUGUCCUGGCGAUCGGACUUGGAGUUCGAACGCCACGAAUACCCACGUAUGCAGGCUCGGAGGUCUCCGGCGCUAUGGUCAUGCAUUCGGCAGAAUAUCGAAAUUCUUGGUCGUGGGCAGGACAACGAGCCAUAAUCAUUGGUUCUGCCAACACUGCACACGAUAUAGCGGAAGACAUGAUUGAGGCCGGUCUUACCUCGGUGACAAUGGUCCAACGGGGUGCUACAGUGGUUCUUCCCCGUGAGCACGUAUAUGCAAACAUGACUAGUACAAAUCCCCAGAUUCUUGAUCAAAGGUUGCUGCACCAGAAGGUUCUAAACGUUCACCGGAAUAAAUCCUUAUCCGCUUCCAACCCAAACAGGUAUAGGGACUUAGAUCGAUCCGGGUUCAAGCGGAAAGAGCAGAGCAUCGGAAGCUCAUUCCGCGGUCGGUACAUAGACGUCGGUGCCUCACAGAAAAUAGCGUCAGGCCAGAUCAAGGUCAAGUCCGGCAGCUGUCCUGUCCGCCACACAGAGACCGGGCUUGAGUUCGACGACGGCACUCAUUUAGACGCGGAUAUCAUUAUUUUCGCUACAGGAUAUCACCUUGACUCACGGGAUAUGAUAGAAACCUUUUUUGGGCCUGACGUAUCAGGCAGGGCGACAAGAUUGCACCAACCCAAUCCCGAAGACUUCCUCGACGGCGCCUACAAGUUUACUGGCCAUCCCGCGCUCUGGUUAGCCGGGGGCAAUAUGGGCCAGGCUCGGUACUUCUCUCGCUUUCUGGCGCUCCAGAUUAACGCAGCUCUUCUUGGUACUCCCUUUGACCGUCUGACGCAGUCAUUGCAUGACUGUGGGACCUAG